AUGAAGAAACUGGGCUCCAAGAAGCCUCAGAAACCAGUGCCACGACCUGAGAACCGGUUCCAGGGCCUGGUGUUUGACCUGGUGACACAGCAGGUGUUUGAUGUUACCAUCAUGGUGCUGAUCUGUCUGAACAUGGUGACCAUGAUGGUGGAGACGGACGAGCAGAGCGCAGAGAAGGAGGAGAUCCUCUACUGGGUCAAUCUGGUUUUCAUCGUGCUCUUCAGCGGAGAAUGUUCUCUGAAGAUGAUCGCUCUCAGACACCACUACUUCUCUGUCGGAUGGAACAUCUUUGACUUUGUUGUGGUCAUCCUCUCCGUGGUCGGUCUCUUGUUAGCUGACAUCAUAGAGAAGUACUUUGUCUCGCCUACUCUAUUUCGUGUGAUCCGAUUGGCUCGUAUUGGCCGAAUCUUGCGCCUUAUUCGUGGCGCCAAAGGAAUCCGCACGUUGCUCUUUGCACUAAUGAUGUCACUUCCUGCACUCUUCAACAUUGGGCUGCUCCUUUUCCUCAUCAUGUUCAUCUUCUCCAUUUUCGGCAUGAGCAACUUUGCCUAUGUCAAGAAGGAGGCCAUGAUUGAUGACAUGCUGAACUUCGAAGACUUUGGCAACAGUAUGAUCUGCAUGUUCAUGAUCACGACUUCAGCCGGAUGGGAUGGUUUGCUGAUUCCCAUUAUGAACGUUCCGCCUGACUGUGACCCAGAGCUUGAGAAUCCUGGGUCAGAUGUGCGGGGGAACUGUGGGAGUCCUGGGGUAGGGAUGAUCUUCUUCACUUCCUACAUCAUCAUGUCCUUCCUGGUGGUCGUCAACAUGUACAUCGUCAUCAUCCUGGAGAACUUCAACGUAGCCACAGAGGAGAGCGCAGACCCUCUGUGUGAGGAGGACUUUGACAUGUUCUACGAGACCUGGGAGAAGUUCGACCCUGAUGCUACACAGUUUGUCCAGUUCAGUGAGCUGUCGGAUUUCUGUGAUGUGCUUCAAGACCCUCUGAGAAUCCCUAAACCCAACAAGGUUCGACUGAUCCAGAUGGAUCUGCCCCUAGUUCCCGGAGACAAGAUCCACUGUUUGGACCUUCUAUUGGCACUAACUGCUCAGGUGCUGGGGGAGUCUGGGGGGAUGGAUGCUCUUAAAGCCAGUAUGGAAGAGAAGUUCAUGGCCAACAAUCCCUCCAAGGUGUCUUAUCAGCCCAUCAGCUCCACGCUGCGGAGGCGACAGGAGGAAACGGCUGCGACUGUGAUUCAACGCUGUUACAGAAGACACCUGCUGCAGAGAACUGUUCGUCUGGCUUCACUCAAGUUCAGAGCUCAAACUCAUGGAUUAGACCCAAACCCAAACCCUGGCCCUCAAACUGGGCUUAAAGAACGCAUAGACAGACCAGAUGCACCCGAAGACAUGGACGAAGUGUAG